AAAAUUUACAACAGAUAGUUUUAUACAAGAAAAUUGCGUGAUAAUAUCACACGAGUGAUGAAUAUGAACGAAUAACGAAUUAAAAAUGUAAAGUACUUUUAAAGUAGUGGAAAGCAGAUGACAUCCAGGGAAAGUGUAUAAAAAGUUACGUCGAAAGCGCACGAAAGAAGCGACGCGGUUCGCAAGAUUUUUAAAUUUUGAAAAAAGAACAAAAAUAAAAUGGAUUCGAAAUGCAGCAAAGUACAAUUUGAAAAGGCCCUUGAUAUGACAGUUCUGACCAGGUUUUGGGCGCUUCAACAUGCUGAUGAUGGUGAUGACGGGAAGUGUGACUAUGGCGAUGGCAUUUGAGACAUCGUCGGUGGCGUACCUGGUGCCGGCCAGUGCUUGUGAGCUGCUCACCACCAGUCAGCAGCAGGGGCUCAUGGCUGGCAUGCCGCUGAUUGGUAUCCUAGCCAUGUCAAACGUGUGGGGAUACUUGGCGGACACUCGUGGUCGGCGCAAGAUCCUCCUCCUGGCCUUGAUCCUGGGCUUCAUCACGUCUUCCUCAGCCACUCUAGCGCCUAACUGGAUCGUCUUCUGCGUGCUAAAGUUCCUGUCUUCAUCAGCGAUGGCUGGCACUUAUGGUCUAGGGAAUGCUUUCCUAAGUGAGUGCACUCCAUCCAACAAGAGAUCCACGCUGAUAGUCCUCGUCACAACCAUCUUCGCCUCAUCUGUCGGCGUAAUGGCAGCAUUGACAAUCCCGAUCCUUCCCCUAACAUUCUCCUUCUACAUGCCUGUGCUGGGGAUCUCCUUCAACUCCUGGCGUCUCCUCAACAUCAUCUUCAGUCUGCCUUGUGCCAUCGGCGCUGUCGGAGCCUUUCUGAGCCUCGAGAGUCCGAAGUACCUCCUCAGUGUUGGUCGCGAACAGGAGGCUUUGGAGGUCAUGAGGAAGAUGUUCGUCAUCAAUACUGGUGAAGACGCUGAUAGAUAUAAGGUAACUGGUGUGGUGCUAGACGAGGUGACGUCAUCGUCGACUUCCGGUUUCUGGCGCUCCGUGGUCAGCCAGACCAUCCCGCUGCUGAAGCCGCCGCUCAUCAAGAGCACCAUGCUGCUCUCUGCUAUCUUCGUCACUGUCUACAUCUGCGUGAAUCCUUUCACGGUGUGGCUGCCGUACAUGGUGGACGGAUUCAUGCGGUCGCUGGAGAAGGGGGAGCGAGGACUGACCUUCUGUGAGAUGCUGCGCUCCUCUCAGAACGAUACUGUUGAAGUUACGCAACCCAACGACUGCUCGAUGAACCACACGGCGAUGCUGAUGGUGUUGGGGCUAUACUUGCUGCAGGCUAUCCUCAACGUGCUCAUGUCCAUGAUGCUACCGAUUUGUGGGAGGAAGACCAUGCUUAUAUCCAUACAGGUUGUAGGCGGUAUCUGUGCUUUGGUGGUCAACUUUAGCACCAUCUGGGCGCUGACCGCUGUGCUCAUCAUUGCUUUCAUCACGGGGAUGCUCAACUUCGGUCUGCUGUCCACCUUUAGUGUCGAUAUGUUCCCCACUUAUGUCAAGGCCAUGGGUGUUUGUCUGACGCUGAUGGUGGGUCGUGGCAGCGCGGUUUUGGGCAUCAACCUGCUGAAAAGCCUGCUGUCCUACAACUGCGAGUACUCUUUCUACGUCUUCGGUAGUAUCUCUUUAGUGGGUGCUCUCAUGGCAUUGUUGCUGCCAUCAGAUAGAACAACCGAAAAGAAAGAUGUGGAAACUCCAAAAUAAAAAUAGAAAAAAAAUAUGAUUGUGUUGGAAAUACUAGAAAACAACUUACCUAUUGAUGUUGUAUAUAAUAAGUUAUGAAUACGUAUAUUUUAGUAGUAGACACCUCGAAUUGACUCGACCGGACUUCGCUUGGAUAAUAUAUUUUUUAUUAAAGCCAGAGUUAUUAUUAUAAAGUUGUGUGAGGGACAUAUCGUUUUACAAAACUUUCAUUCAUUGCUUUUUUGGUAUCGUAUAACCACAGUUUAUAAUGUUAACAUUAUAGAAGGAAAAAUUGAAGGGAAGAGAGGAAGGGGUAGAUCUACGAUAACAUUUAUGAAACAAAUAAAAGAGAAGGUGCAGGUCGUGUCGUAUCGGGAGGUGAAGGUUUUGGCGGGAAGAAGAGAGGAAUGGCGAUUACUCCACCGACAAGAGCGCAGCUCUUAAAUAGAGAGCGAUAACCACAGUUAUCGCUUGUACUACUACGCAAUGAACGGUCCAGCCAGAAAUGUCUCGUUGCGAUCGCUUCACACGCCGAUGCUUUUUUUUUGACGUGACUUAUUUUAGAUUUGCCGCAGAUGGCAUUAACUACUUCGGACUCGUGUAAUCUAGUGCUGAGGGCAUAUCUCCCUUGUUUUUAUGAUCCUAAACCGACUUUUAGUUACGACAAGAAUGGAAUGAUAAUAAUUGUAGACUAUAUACAUGAAGAAUAAACGGCCUAUAUACGUCCCACUGUUGGACACAGGCCUCCCUCAGCCGGAGGGGGUAUGGAGCAUACUUCACCACGCUGCGGAUUGGUGGAGCUGUUUUACGGCUAAUAGCCGGGACCGACAGCUUAAUGUGCCCUCCGAAGCACGGAAUCAUCUUACUUCUUCGGACAAUCAGGUGAUUCAAGCCUGGAACAUCCUUACCAAACAACGAAGAGUCUUACAGAGUGAUUUCAGGAAAAGAUCUUGUGCCAAACGCACUAACCGCUAGCACUAACCACGGAAGUUGUUAUAAAAUAUAUAGAAUGAUAAUAUAGUUUAUAAGCAGGUCGGUGAAUUGGUAACUGGCACGUAUUAUAAAUGCGUGGACGCAUUAAAAAUAUAUUUCUUUACUCCCAGCUCAGCAAUGAAAUUAUCGAUUGUUUGAAAGAAGUGAAAUUAAUACUUAAUUAUUAAUUAUACUGUACUGUUAAGAUAGUGGAAUUAACUGUGAUAAUUACUCGUAUACCUAACGCCUGAUACUUUUGUAAUGCAAAUGCUUAAAAUCAAUA